AACAAAAUCUUAAUAUAUCACUUCUUUUUGCAGGCUCUGGUGACCUGCGUAGACAUGUGAGGACUCAUACAGGAGAAAAACCCUAUACCUGUGAAACUUGUAACAAAUGCUUCACUCGCUCUGCUGUUCUGCGGCGGCACAAGAAAAUGCAUUGUAAAGUCACUGAUGAAGGUCCAAACACACUAGAUGAAUUUACUCAAGGGAUUGAAACUUCUGAUCUUGACAAAUCUCAGAGCUCUGACUCUUUUGGCCAGGAAAUGUCUGUUACAUUGUUACCAGCAUCCGUUAAAUUUCCCAUUCGUCCAACUGCAAAUUCAACUGAAUUUGAUAGUUCUGCGGAUUCUUACUGUAAGUUGCGAUCAAUGAUUCAACACCAUGACUCAGCAAACCAACAGAAACUGAAUAUGGAUUCUGCUAAACUCCCAAAAGCUCAGGCGCAACAAACACCACCACCAUAUGCUUACGGAGAUGUAGAUGUAUCUUCUGCAGAAGAACCCUUACAGUCUGAUAAUAUUCCCAUGAUUCGUUCCUCUAUGGUUAGCUUGGACAGUCAUUGUAAUGAUCCACUGGGCAGUCGAACAUCAUCUGCUGCAUACAAGAAUAAUGAAGGACCGUUCUUCUCCAGCAUGACCCUCUGGGGCUUAGCUAUGAAGACCUUGCAGAAUGAAAGCGAAUUGGAACAAUGAGGGCUCAGGUGACUGUAUCAAAACUUCUUAGAGGCAUUUCAUGCUAAAGUGAUUGCGAUUGCACUGCAGCAUAGAGAGAUCAGAGCUAGGUUUUAAGCCAACU